AUGGACACGUUAUUCAAUAGUACAAAGACUAACCCAAGAGGUAUUCCAGAAGCGCCUUUUGUAGAAGACAUUUCUGUAUUAUUUAAGGGCACUGGCAAAAAUGACAACGAUUUCCAAUUGAUCUUUAAUAGAUUCCAGGAAAGGUUACAAAAAUACAAGUUUAUGCAAGAGUCAAAACAAGUCACUUUAAAGCAACUGAAUACAAGAAUUCCUGAGAUUUCUCAAUCUUUGAAAAUUUGUCAACUUAUAAAACAGCAACAACAGGGAGAUAAGGAGAAGGAGGAAGAAGACGACAAGAUGUUGUUUAAUUACUCUUUGAAUGAUACGCUAUAUACUAAAGCUACAGUUAAACCAAGUGAAGUGAAGAAUGUGGGGCUAUGGCUUGGUGCAGAUAUCAUGUUGGAGUAUCCAUUGAAUGAAGCAAUUGAGCUGUUAGAAAAUAAAUUGAACGAUUCAAACGUCGGUCUAAAAGAGUGUAAAGAAGAUCUUGAAUUUUUAAGAGAAAAUAUUACCACAAUGGAAGUCAUGUGUGCUAGAUUGUAUAAUUGGGAUGUUGAACAGCGUAGAAACAACAAAUAA